AUGGCUCCCCCAGCCUCCGCCGCUAAGAAAACCGAGUCGAAGUCUGUUGCUCAGCCAGCUGUGAAGAAGCCCAAAGCGUUAGACUCCAUCAACAGUCGUCUCGCUCUCGUCUUUAAAAGUGGUAAGGCCGCCAUAGGGUACCGUCACACACUUCGCACUCUUCGUCGCGGAGGUGCGAAGCUCAUAAUUAUCGCAAGCAAUACUCCUCCUCUGAGAAAAGCGGAGAUAGAAUAUUAUGCCAUGCUAUCAAAGACUGGUGUACACCACUACAACGGCACAAACCACGACCUCGGUACCGCUUGUGGCAAGUAUUUCCGCGUAAGUACUUUGGCUAUCGAGGAUCCAGGAGACUCAGAUAUCAUCCGUUCCAUGCCAAAUGAGUCCUGA